UGCGGCUGUUGCGGUGCAUGUCAUAUAUGCGCGCUUGCUGCUCUGACUUCAAUGCGCCAGCUGCGCCAACUACCGUGUGUCCUCGAUGGCACCAAAAGACCCCAACCUUCGAUAUGUUCUGCAGCGUGUGCCGUGACCACGGCUUGACCUUGUGUUACACGCUUAUGAACGGCGAGGUUACUAAUGCGUGGUCUGCGUAGUUGCUAGCUUCCAAGGUCGCGGUUGGCCUUUUGUUGCGCAAGUACGCGCUUAACGACGCGCUGCGGCGUCGUUAGGGCGACGCCAUGUUGGAUGCCUACGCAGUGUUUUUCCUAGAGUCCAUACCGUUGUGAAACCAAAAGAUACGCCGAGGAGUGCGCCUUGUCCCAAGUGGUUGCGUUAGGUUUCUCAAGUUGGGUGGCGUUGCAAUCCAACGCGGCUGGCUCAGUGUUACCGGUUUGGACAGGGUCCACCAUCGUCGCGCAGAAGGCAGCACGAUGGAUAAGCCUACAGCCAGUGCGAGUGGUUCGGGAAACCAGCGCGCAUUAUCAGUGACGCGGCUGUAGAAUGAAGUUCUCCGAUAGCCAUUCACUGCUUCGUUCGGCGUCCCGAUUGUGGCACAUCGAGGCUGUUGGUGCUUUCAAUGGCAUCUACGAUGGUGCGCACAGAGUUGGCGCAGCGGGGGCUGCCUGCCUUUUCGGCUCUUGAGCAGGCAACGGUUACAGAUGGGCCCGUGGUGGCCAAGUACCCCAAGAUGGCCGUUGCCCUUGACUACAGCCGAGAAGAAGACAGGCUUGCCACUUUUCGUGGGUGGCCCCCAGAUGCCCCAGUAUCUGCCAAGAAGCUGGCUCAGGGUGGCUUUGUGUGUAUCAGUGCUCCCAGCCGUCUCACACAGUGCUUCAAGUGUGGGCUCGAGGUUUCAGACUGGAAAAUUGCAGACUCCGUCGUUGAUAGACACCGCGCUGUGCGGCCAAGCUGUGUGUUUGUGCAAUCCCUUCCGAGCCCGCGUGUUCUGGUGGCAGCAAGCCCCAUUUAUUCCGCAGCCGGUGCAUCAUCUGUCGGUGCAAGGCAUGUAGAGCAACCGACGCAGGUUGACAGUGUGAUUCCCCCGUUGCCACGCGUCAGCAGUGCACCGUUAGUGCCCAGUGGUGCUUGUGAGCCUGUGCCCAGGAAUGGUGUAGAAAAUGAUUUGCAGCUUCGCCGGCUGCAGGCGUCAGAGGAAGAGCGGUUCAACACUUUCUUUGACUGGCCGCUGGACUUUCUGCCAGCACGGACGCUUGCUCAGGCGGGCUUUUACUAUCUUCACGAACAAGACAAGGUGCGGUGUGCCUUCUGCAAAGGCACAGUGCACAACUGGGAACCGGGGGAUGACCCCCUGCGAGAACAUGCCCGCCACUACCCGUGUUGCCCGUUCCUUCUGAACCCAGAUUUGGCUGGCCUGGACGAGUGUGGUCAUAUGUCAUGGCAACGGGCACGCUCUGCACCCGAGCCUGAGCAGCUGCUCGUUGGGAAUGGAUCCCGGGGAGUGCAGUUGAAAGGAGACACUCCUCCUUCAGAGCUGUCUGGCCUCGGCGUGUCCGUACACGUCGGGCCGAAGCAUCCAUCGCAAGCAUCGCCCGAUGCCCGGCUGCGGACUUUCGAAAAGUGGCCUGCCACAUGCCCCAAGCGGCCUCAGGAAUUGGUGCCUGCUGGAUUUUUUUACAUUGGUCUCCAGGACUACACCAAGUGCUUCCACUGUGACGGCGGCCUCUGCAAUUGGGAUGCAACGGACGAUCCCUGGGAGGAACAUGCCCGCUGGUUUCCCCGCUGCCAGUUUGUGCUGCUGUCCAAGGGCGAGACGUACGUGGAGGACUGCCUCCAGCGACAUCAGUCACAUCUCAGCGCAGUUGCGGCAUCAACAAGCUCGCAAGGGCAGUCUGGAGGUGUCGAUGAAGGAAUGGCGACCGAACUGGCGGCACUCAUGCGGUCGGAGGAUGUGCAGUUUUACCUGUCACAAGGGGUUCCUGCAGAGACAUUGCGUGCUGCAUUAAUAAAGCAUAUGCGCAGCCAGGGCCGUGGUUUCGCAAGCCGUGACGAACUUCUGCAAGUUCUUGGGGAGCUGCUUGCCUUACCAAGGGCGUCUGCUGACCAGACUCCACAGCCAUCCACUGCAAGUGGCAUCACGAUCACCAAGCUGGCUACCAACCCUCAGCUGGAAAGCGUAGUUUCCAGAACGAAGCAUUCAUCGCUGGAGGACCCGACGGAAGGGUCGGAGUCUUCUGACCUGGCUCUGGAGAACCUGCGACUCAAGGACCAGCGUCUCUGCAAGGUGUGUCUCGAUGCCGAGGUAGGCGUCGUGUUCCUGCCGUGCGGCCACCUGGUGGCGUGCCCAGCCUGCGCCUCCGCCCUGUCGGACUGCCCCGUCUGUCGCGCUUCCAUCCGCGGCACUGUGCGGACGUUCUUCUCUUGAAAUCGAUGGCAAAAGGAGAAAUGGGCAUGACAUGCGUUGCUACAACAGUGUCUUCAGCAAAUUUAGGAGAGGCAACGACCGUUGUUAACUAAUUCAGAAAUGCUUGAAAGUUCACAUAAUUUCCUUCCUUUCUACUUGUCUACAAUAACUUGUUUUGAGUAGAGGGUAUAAUCUGCAUGGCUUAAUCCUGUAAGACCAAUUCAUGACUGUGGCAGUUAGGCACCCUAUGCUGGUGAACUGCACAGUAAGCACGCAGCUUGCCUGCAUUGAGCAAAAAAAUUUUGGCCAUUAUCUUUUUGCACAAAUUCAACUUGCAAGGCCUUAUCUGGGCCAUUAGGCACUUUGACAAAUGCAUUGCAACUGCACUAGCACCGGCAACAAUUACUUCAAUUUCUCCACUUUCUAACUUCUGUACCGUUGCCUUUAGUCUGAGCAGCAGGUCUUGAAACACCUGCUACCACAUGCUCAAUAGGAGAACUCGCUGCUCACCGAGUGGUCGAGGUAGCGAGCUGCAGCACACAAUGCCGACGGACAUCCAAGGAAAAGAGAAAGAGACUGUACUUCAGCUGCGACAUUCCUCACCCUUGUUGCAGUUGCCUCAAGUGCAGUUCAUCAGCAAGAUGUCUGGUCAUGGCAGGAUCUUGUGUGGCGGGCCUUUCAUAAAUUUUGCAAGCGAAUGCCAAAAAGCGGCACAGGACUUGCCAAGUCAAGCUAUGCUCUAUGUUAUAUUAAUUCGCUACAGAAAAUUAGCUGAAGUAGCUUCCUGGCAGUGGCUCAUGGCUAAUUGCACUAAUUGACUUGGAGCAGCAUUUUUCUGUCCUAUGGACGGGAGUAAAUGACGGAAUGGUUACAUAGGUACUACCUGCUCCAAAUCAAUCCAUGGGAUUCCUCAUUACCGUCGGAGGGUCGGCAGCAUGUGCAUUUUUAAAACGAAGGUUAUUAAUUAAAGUGACGGUUAUCUUUGCUGCGUGCACACAUUUGUGCGUGCAGUGCGCACUUUCAAGCAUGCAAGAUGUGUAUGCUUUGUACUUGUGUGCAUUUACAUAACCCCCUGUUUCCAUCUUCUGAGAAGUGAGGCUAUGGACAAGAAGCCAAUUUAAGCAAUCUUGCAAGGAAUUCUGUUAAGCUGCAGUCAAAAGUUGGUGGUGUUCAUGUUGCUUCACCUGUACACUGCCUGCCCAGGUAGCAAUUUGCACAUGUCUCAAGACAUGACACGAUCAGUGUGAGGAUUAAGGUGCUUGAUAGAAACGCCCAGCAUAUGCAGCAGUCAACAACUCAAAGCUAUGCUUAAUCCUCUGUGUAUAAAAAAGGGAGGGCUUGUGUUCAACAAAACUUAGCUUUAAGCACGAUCUGGGCCUCAUUGGUGAACAGACAUGUCUGUCAAGUUUGGAUAAUCAUACCCGAUAUGCCACGUGGAGAUGUCACAGUGCCCAGCUCGUGCUUUUAAAGAAAAAAGAACUGAAAAGAGACCUAGGUACUUCUAGAUUGGCAAGAUAUUACAUUUCAAGAAUCUACUUUUUUUUCCCAUGGAACUGUUCAAUGCGCAAUGGUGACCAAAUUUCAGGUCUGUAUGGUGUCUCGAUUGAUCUUUCAGACAUGAUUUGGAUGCAGCAUGUUUAAGCACGGCCAUGAACAGUGCUGGCACUGUUCAAGCUGUUGUCCACACCCUCACUUUUGUUUACAGGGCGAUUUAUUGGCCUUCCAAGUGUAUUCCAGCAUCGUAUAGAUAUUCAACUGCACUGCAGCAAACACUUUUUUUUGUCGGUUCUAUUAUAAUAUUUAGGUUGUCAGGUCUGGGAUGUGUAUAGACAAGUUAGGACAUAGCUUGGUUAAGGUGUAAAACAUGGCAAAGAGUUGUAGAGUGAGUUCGGAAGCGGGACACAGUCACAGCCAGAAUGCAGGCUGUGGAAAGAAAUAUAAAUGAGCGUAAGUUUGUUAAACUUGAUUUUAUUUUACCAAGCACUGUUCAUAUGUCUAUUUUGUCAAGCAGAGAGUUACAUGUUGUUCUUGAACGAGAUGUCUUUAUUUACAAAGCCUUUGCAAUAUUGGCAAAGAUGAACGGAAGCUUUUUUGUUUUGCAUUGUACUCUCAAUCUAUUUAUUUCUUAGGAUUAUCACAAUUGUUGGCCGUUUCUUAGGUUUUCUCUUAAUGCAUAGAAGCGAAUGCAAAUUGUUUUAACGAAGUGUUACACAGGAGGCUAAGACUGGCAUCCGUUCUUCAUGGCUGUAGGAAAAGAAAAGUUCCUUUUCUUUUUCACGUCUGCUUUCAUUUAACUAUGAGAUGUGACCUCUGUAUAAAAAAAUGGUGCACAGACUCUUUUUAAUCUAAACACUUGUGAAGGCACUCAAAGGCAGCUAGCACAUUUUCUAGUGUGUUGUGUGGGUAGCAAGAGGCUAAUUGAUAAGUGCUCCAUUACGCACUAGGUUUAUUCAUGUUAUUGAAUUACUGGGUUUGUGUUCACAGGAGUCCUUGCAUUAUUAAACUGUCUUUUUGUUUAAGCAUUCAUUCUCUGCAUGGUGUGAGCUAUUGCGAAAUGAACAAGUCUCUUCGUUGACUUUUCUUGUUUGUUUGUGCUUGCAACGUGGCAUGCCUGCAGGCAAGCACUGCUGGUUCAGUCAUAUCUCAUUGUAUCCACAGUACAGACACCUUCACACUCUUACAGUUACAGCACUGAUGUAUCUAAAUAAAUACAUUUCUGUUUGUCUCUCUUCGGA